AUGGUAAAGACCCGCAGAAAUUUAGCCAUGGAGAAAGCUAAAUUCGAGGGCCUCUCCCUGGAACAAUUGAAGGAAGAGGCAAAUAAAUACGGUUUGGCCGUUACGGGUGACCGGGACGCGCUAAUUCAAAACAUCAUGCGUCACCUCGAGAAACAGGGGCCGCAUGACUUGCAUGAUGAGGCAGCCAAAGCUUCGACGACCGGUAAACCAAGGAAAGGUUCGACCGGCUCCGUCGAGCAAGUUCCCGCGGUCCUGCUGCAACAGGUGCUGCAGUCCGUACAGGGGAUGCUGGAGCAGGCCGAGAGAAAGAGGGAACAGGCUGAAAAAAGGCAGCAAGAGCAGUUCGAGAGGCAGAGAGCGGCUCAACAGGAGCAAUUUGAACGGUUAAUGCUGUUAGCGCUAAAUAAUGGAAACCAGACCAGAAGAGACGAACCCCCGGAAGCCGCGCGGACGGAGCCAGGAACGACUCCGAUAGGCAGCCCGUUGGCGGCCCAAAGUUCCGGAAGCAGUCUACCGAUGGGAAGUCUGGUGAAUUACCUCUCGCAGCAGAUACCGGAGUUCGCUGGAGGAGAGGACGACAACGUCCAAGCUUGGGCGAAUCGGGUGGACAAGGUCGCCCAAGUUCACGGAGCGUCGGACGGGGCCACGCUCUUGGCAGCCUCGAGCAGGCUGACCAAAUCCGCUCGUAGAUGGUACGAGCUCCAGACGGGAGCAGCCAUAGAGUCCUGGGUUGGACUGCGCCUAGAAAUGAAGAAGAUGUUUGAGAGGAGGGUACCAUUUUACAAGUCUAUGCAGAAGAUCGAAGCCCGGAAGUGGCAGCCGGGCAAAGAAUCAUUCGACAGAUACGCCAUAGAGAAGUUAGCACUCAUCCAAGUGCUCAACUUACCGGAGGAGGACAGUAUUCAGCUCCUGAUUGGCGGUAUCACAAACAGCGCGGUAAAGGCGACAGCGCUGUCCAUGGCCACAGACCCGCUAAACCGCUUCCUGGAGAGGAUGAGAGUCAUCGCGGAAGGGGUAGUGGACACGGAGCGGAAAUCGACGCCGCCUGGAACGAGCGCUAAGUCCAAGGAGGCCCCCUGCAGGAACUGCGGAGGCAAGGGCCAUGGGACAAAGGACUGCCAAGCAGAGCCGACCUGCUUUUACUGUAAAAAGAAGGGGCAUCGGCGGUUCGAAUGUCCGGCCCUGAAGCGCAAGGAUGAGAAGCCGGGAACGUCGUCCGCAACGGCCAAAGCAGCGGCGAGCGUGACGCAGGAGCCGUCAUCAGCGGACGAGGUCGUGGCAUCGGUGGAGCAGCCAAGGAACAGCCUAGAGAUCACCGAUCCUCUGGUAGGAGUAGAAAACAUCAACGGUGAGCGAUGUAACUUACUAGCGUUGGUGGAUACAGGAAGCCCUGUGUCAUUCGCGAAAUUUAGUGUUUAUGAGCGGUGGAUAAAGCCGUUAAAUUUAAAGUUAGCCCCGUAUAAAAAUCGACUUAGAAACCUAAGCGAUCAAACAUUAGAAGUCGUCGGGACCGUUAAGGCCAGAGUGAGUUUACCAUUAAUACCGAAUAGAGCUCUCGAAGUAAAUUUACACGUUCUCAAGGAGAACACUUUCGAAGGAGAUAUUAUUCUCGGUAGAGAAUUCCUAAAAGAACAUAAACUCACUCUGAUCUUCAAGCCGACGAGUCAAGGUGAGAGGGAAAACGUCAGGUUGUUUGCCCAACUUCCCUUGUGCGUGGAAUCAAACAUUCCAGAGUCUCUAGAGGAGACGAUCGACAAAAACAGUACAGACUUGGACGAAACAGACAAACGAAAAUUGAAGGAGGUAAUCAUAAACGAACGAACAAAGGAAUGCGUACCUGUAGAUGACGGGUACGAGGUUCAAGUUCGGCUGAAGGAUACCUCGACGUAUUCCUUCUCGCCGAGACGAUUCGCGUACGCGGAGCGACUCCAAAUAAGAGAAGUCGUCGACGAUCUCUUAGCCCGCGGAAUCGUUAAGCCGAGCACUUCACCGUACUGCGCCCGGGUGGUGCCUGUGCGGAAACGAAAUGGGCAGAUGAGACUUUGCAUCGAUCUCAGGCCGUUGAACGCGAGAGUCGAACGGCAGAAAUACCCGUUUCCGGUAAUUGAGGAGUGCUUGACUAGGCUAAGCGACAAGACCAUAUUUACACUGCUAGACUUAAAAGAUAGCUUCCACCAAAUAAAAGUGGAGAAAGACUCGACCAAGUACUUUGCCUUCGCGACGCCGGACGGGCAGUACGAAUACACGCGAUUGCCUUUUGGCUUCUGUGAAUCUCCCGCUGAAUUCCAGAAGCGCUUAAUACAGAUUCUCCGCCCGUUGAUCCGCGACGAUAAAGUCUUGAUAUACAUGGAUGAUGUACUAAUAGCGUCCCGUUCAAAUGAGCAGAAUCUAGAGGAUCUACGGGAGGUCCUUCAGAUUCUCCGAAGGUACGGCUUCGAAUUAAAUUAUAAGAAAUGUCAAUUCCUGAAAAAGGAAAUAGAGUUUUUAGGGUAUAUGAUAUCCGCCGACGGAAUCAGCUUGAGCCCUAGGCACACGGACGCGAUCCGAAAUUUUAAGCAACCGCGAACCGUGUUAGAAGUCCAGAGAUUUUUAGGAUUAACCAAUUACUUCCGGCGAUUUAUAAAGGGAUUCGCGCACAUUGCAAAACCAAUACAGGACUUGGUAAAGCGAGACGUACCGUUCAACUUCGACGACCGUUGCGUCGAAGCGUUCAAAAAAUUAAAGCAGGAACUGACCUCAGCUCCGGUGCUGCAGUUAUAUAAUCCGGCCGCGCCGACAGAACUGCACACUGACGCCUGUAGUACGGGCCUGGGAGGGAUCCUCCUGCAGAAACAGAAAAAUAAUUUAUGGUCUCCCGUCGCUUACUAUAGUCAAGGCACGAAUCAAGCCGAGAAACGUUACCACAGCUACGAGCUGGAAAUGCUGGCAAUCGUAAGAUCAGUCGAGCGUUUCCAUCUCUACCUCUACGGGUUGGAGUUCGCCAUAGUGACGGAUUGCAACGCGCUAGUAUACGCGAUGAACAAGGCGAACCUCAAUCCGCGGAUAGCGAGAUGGACGCUGAUGCUCCAGAAUUAUAGGUUCAGUGUGACUCACCGUCCGGGCAAGCGCAUGGCACACGUAGACGCCUUGAGCAGAUGCACGGCCUAUGUGCACGAAAUGCCGCUCGAACGGGAGUUGGAGCUCAGACAGCUGACUGACCCGAGAAUUCUGGAGAUCAGCAAGAAAUUAGAAUUAAGCGAGGACAAAAAGUUCGAUUUAAUUAAUGGUCUUGUAUACAAAAAAGAUGAGAACCAGAAGAAGUUCGUUGUGCCCGAUUCACUAAUUACAAGCUUGAUCAGAGCGCACCAUGAUGAGAUGGCGCACUGCGGACCGGAAAAGACUUAUAAGGGAAUCGCGGAGAACUUCUGGUUCCCAUCUAUGCGGAAGAAAUCCAUAAUUAUGUAG